GGCGGGGCAAAGGAGGCGCGGUCUCUCGAGCUCAUGGCGGGGUUGUUGCGCGCGCCCGGCCGGAUAAUGCGGCUUACGGGUGGCAAACUUUGGUCUCUGUUACCUCGCGGCCUCGGGGUUUGGGGUCCCGGGGAGGGGACCGCGAAGGUUAUGCUAGGGCGGCUCCGCGCGCCGCCAGAGGGGGCGUGGCGGGCCUCGGGGCUUGCUGGCAGCUGCCUGCGGUGCCGGCUCCUCAGCACGGCGAGGCCGCCCCCGCCCGGGUCGUCAGGACCGGACCCGAAGGGCGGCGGAGACCCCACGCGCCCCUCGCAGCCCCGGCCUGUUUCCUGGAAGUCCUUAGCCAUCACAUUUGCUAUUGGAGGAGUUUUACUGGCUGGGAUGAAGUACUUCAAGAAAGAAAAGACAGAGAAGCUGGAGAAGGAACGGCAGCGAAGCAUCGGAAAGCCUUUACUUGGGGGCCCGUUUUCCCUCACAACUCAUACUGGCGAGCCCAAAACUGAUAAGGACUACCUGGGUCAAUGGGUAUUGAUUUAUUUUGGUUUCACUCAUUGCCCUGAUAUCUGUCCAGAAGAACUAGAAAAAAUGAUUCAAGUUGUGGAUGAAAUAGAUAGUAUUCCAACUCUGCCAGAUUUAACUCCACUUUUCAUCACUAUUGACCCAGAGAGGGACACAAAAGAAGCCAUCGCAAAUUAUGUAAAAGAAUUUUCUCCCAAACUGAUUGGCUUAACUGGCACAAAAGAAGAGAUCGAUCAAGUGGCCAGAGCAUUCAGAGUGUAUUACAGCCCUGGCCCCAAGGACGAAGAUGAGGACUAUAUAGUGGAUCAUACAAUCAUAAUGUACUUGAUUGGACCAGAUGGUGAGUUUCUAAAUUAUUUUGGCCAGAACAAGAAGAAUGCAGAAAUAGCUGGUUCGAUUGCUGCUCACAUGAGGGAACACAGGAAAAAGAGCUAGCCAAAGCAGCGCGGCCUGCGCUACUCUGCUGAAGAGGAAGGAAGCUUUGUCUCUCGUAGGGGCUGAUGCUUAUAUGUAUAUACAUGCAACCUACAGAAUGGCCUUCAUAACAGGAGAACACCUAAAUUUUGGGCAGGGCAUGCUACCCUUGGGUUCAGCAAGGAUGGAUUCUUAAGCAGAAGUCUCCCAAAUGGUCACCUUGAGACCAGGGGACCAAGUUGCCAUGAAGCCAGCGGAAUGGACCUCAGGGAAGGACACAGCCGGAAAAGACGCAACCAUGGGGUCUCUCCGCGUGAGCAGAGCCCUCUGAUCAGCAUGGCUGUCUCUCCAGUGUCUUGGACUCUUGCUCUGGCAGGUUGUAGUGAAUUUCCAGGAAGAGCGUAACUUCCAUAAUGACCUUGCUUUCCUCUUCGAGUUCUUGGUGGCUGAUAGCAAUCAAAUUAGGCUUUCUGACAUUCACAGUUAAUCUUUAUGCUUGAAAGCAUUAGUGUAGUCUUGCUUGUUAAUGAAAAUCACUGUCAGGUUUGCAUUGUGUUCCCCUGUCAGCAGGUGCUGAUUUUACUAAUGGAGAGAAAAUCCGUUGUUUGGGGCAAACCAUUAGAUCAGAUUCCCUAGGGAUCUUUCAUGUGAUUUUUUUAACUGAAUGGUGUGCCAGGCUUUUAGGGACCUGCCAAAUGGGUAUGAGAGGAUACAAAUCAUGAGUGUGUACAGAGUACCUUCCUGCCUGUACUGGAUUGCACUUGUCUGAAAUAAAGGUGUGCUCAGUUUUGCA